CUGAGCAUUUUGCGAACGAGGUAAGGUCCCCAGGAGGGACGAGAAGUGACAUGGCGGACGAAGUUAGUGGCAAAAGACCGUGCUCUUCUGAUGAUGAACAAGAUAAUGAUGAAUUUGUAGGGCCAAUGCCUGUACAACCAAAGAAGAAAAAGAAAAGAGUGUUGGAGUUUGAAAAUGUCUAUUUGAAUAACCUGCCUUGCGCUGAAAGUUAUGAAAGAAGUUACAUGCAUAGAGACCAUGUGACCCAUGUUACUGCAACCAGUACAAAUUUUUUUAUCACUGCAAGCUGCGACGGCCAUAUAAAGUUCUGGAAAAAAACUGGGGAAGAGGUAGAGUUUGUGAAACAUUUUCGUGCACAUUUGGGUGUGAUUAAGUGCGUGUCUGGAAGCUCUGAUGGACACUUGUACUGUUCAGUGGCAGAAGAUCAGGCGCUCAAAGUUUUUGACGUCAUCAAUUUUGAUAUGAUCAACAUGAUGAAGCUCAGUUUCAAGCCUUAUUGCUGCGAGUGGGUGUACAGAAAAGGUGAUGCCAUUUCUGCCUUGGCCAUAUCCGAAGAUGAAAGCGGUGUAAUUCGAAUUUUCGAUGGCAGAGGCAAUACAGACGUUAUUGAAACCCUUAAGUUGCAUACAAAACAUGUCUCUUGUAUAAAGUAUAAUCCUGUAUUCGAUAUCGCGAUUUCUGCUGAUAAGGCAGGCAUGUUAGAGUACUGGUCUGGACAAGAAUCCGGAUUCAAGUUCCCGAGUAAAAACGUCCACUUUGAAUACAAAUCGGACACAGAUCUAUACGAAUUCGUAAUGUGCAAAACCUACCCAACAUCAAUAUCAUUCUCAGCUGGUGGAAAACAAUUUGUUACGACGAGUUCAGAUAGAAAGGUGCGAGUGUUCAGGUUUUUGACUGGCAAGAAAACACGUGUAUUCGAUGAGAAUCUUCAAACGUUUAGCGAUCUACAGCAGGAGAAACAGCUGCUACCCAAUAUGGAAUUUGGAAGGAGGAUAGCGAUUGAAAGGGAGAUCGAAAAGUCUGACUUGCUACGCAUGGCAAAUGCAGUCUUCGAUGAAAGUGGUUAUUUCAUUUUGUAUGCAACUAUGCUUGGUGUGAAAGUUGUCAACAUCUACACUAAUAGAUGUCUGAAGAUCUUGGGCAAGGAUGAAAAUGUUCGGUUUUUUGGGAUCGCAUUGCAUCAGGAAAAGUCGAUUGAAGAUAAGGCAGCUAUUACUCUGGAAAUGGCUGCCGCUUCAAAUGCGGGUUUAGAGAAACCAAUAGCUGACCCAACCCUUAUCUGCUGCGGUCACAAAAAGAAUCGGUUUUACUUUUUUACUAGACGAGAGCCAAAUGAAGACCAUACUGACCGAGAUGUGUUCAACGAGAAGCCCUCGAGGGAAGAAAUAAUUGCUGCGACACAGGAUUCUGGUCCAAAAGUGCUCGCAGAAAACGUUAUCAUGCACACAACUAUGGGAGAUAUUCACAUCAAACUGUUUCCUAAAGAAUGCCCAAAGACAGUGGAGAACUUUGUCACUCAUUGCAAGAACGGCUAUUAUAGCGGACAUAUUUUCCAUCGAGUGAUAAAACAGUUCAUGAUCCAAACUGGAGACCCGUCUGGCGAUGGUACCGGUGGAGAAUCAAUUUGGGGCGGUGAGUUUGAAGACGAAUUUCACCAUUCCUUACGUCACGACCGGCCGUAUACACUAAGCAUGGCAAAUGCAGGACCAAAUACAAAUGGGUCGCAGUUUUUUAUAACUGUUUUGCCGACGCCAUGGCUAGACAACAAGCAUACUGUGUUUGGUCGAAUUACCAAAGGUAUGGAUGUAGCACAGAAGAUAAGUCAAGUUAAAACAAACUCUCGUAAUGAUAUGCCCUACGAUGAAAUAAAAAUAAUCAACAUGUCAGUGAAGUAGCCUGAAGCAGCAAGCAAAGGUAUUCUUGAAUGUCGUCCUAUUCCUUGUUACACUUGAUUCAAAUAAAAUCAAGCUGCCAUAGGCAAGGUGCUUAUGUAACAACAUCAGAAGUGUUCUAAGCACAAUUCUGAAGUUCUUUGCCAAGGAAAAGGAUUCGAUGGACGGACAAUAAAGAAGCAUUUACAGCGAACAAGUGUUAAAUGCAAAUGUUUUGCAUGGUAUCCUGAUAGAAGACAACAUUGUAGCUAAAGUAGAUAUCUUUUCAAGCAAAAUAAGCAUUAUUAUUUUGCUUCAAAGAAUAGAAAGCCUCGUGUACUUGAUUUUCUUGGUUGCUAAGAAUUUUCGCUUUUGCUUUGGUUGUUGUCAUAUGAAGGUUGCAGUCGAA